CGAAUAAAAAUAUUAGAAAACCAAAAUAUUUUUUUGGUAAUAAAUAACAAAAUAGUUGUACCUGAUUUCUAAUAGCAAUUAGCAUCUAAAAGUAUACAGCACUAUUUUUGCUAGUUACUGGUUUUCACCCAUGUGAUUGUAACAAAAUCUGUUCACUUAUUUUUCAACAGCAACCAAAAUUGCGACCAUGAUACGCAAUCUGAGUAAAUACAACAAUUUGGUUAUAAUAAGCAUCAAAAAUAACGCUAAGAGUAUAGCGGCUGUAAGAAGAUAUAGCAACCAGAACUAUGAACAGUCCAGAACAAAAUACGAUGUUGUUAUUGCUGGCGGCGGAAUGGUGGGAUGUACCUUAGCUUGUGCUCUAGGUAAAAUGUCUCUGCUCUCAAACCUAAAAGUACUCUUGCUGGAGGGAAGUCCCGAUAAGCCGUACCAGUUACCACCAGAGUACAGCAACCGGGUGGUAGCACUGAGCCAAAACACAAAAAGCUUAAUGUCCUCAUUGAGUGUAUGGCAACAUCUGGAGAAGAUGAGAGUGAACCCCGUGAGGCACAUGCAAGUGUGGGAUGCCUGUUCCGAUGCACUGAUAUCUUUCAGUAGUGCAGAUAUUAUGAAUGACGAUGUAGCAUACAUUGUUGAAAAUGAUGUCCUUCUGCACGCAGUCAACACCGAACUAAAGUCCAAUUCAGUUCAAAAUGUUGACAUAGUUUAUGGAGCUAAGAUAGUAGGAUAUGAAUUGCCAAAAACCACUUCGGGGAAUGAGGAAUGUCUAGUCAAAAUGGAUGAUGGAAAAAGCUACACCUGUAAUUUGCUGAUCGGCGCGGACGGUGCGAAGUCGGCGGUGCGCGAGGCCAUGGGCGUGCAGUACGUGUCCUGGGACUACGACCACAUGGGCAUCGUGGCCACACUACACCUGGCUGAGGAAUCCGAGAACAACAUGGCCUGGCAGCGGUUCCUGCCGACGGGCCCCAUCGCUCUCCUACCCCUAGACUCUACCAGGAGUUCACUGGUGUGGUCCACGUCGCCGGCGCACGCCAGAGAGCUGCUGAAACUGCCGGAGGAGAGCUUCGUCGACGCACUCAAUGAUGCCCUGUGGAAGCAGUACCCCCGCAACAGCGCGGUGGACGCGGCGACCACGUGGGUGGCGUCGUGGCUGCGGCGCGCGGGCUACCAAGAUGGCGCCGCGCGGCAACUCCCGCCGAGCGUGCGCGCCAUCACGCCUCGGUCCCGCGCUGCUUUCCCCUUCGGCUUCGGACAUAGCACGAGAUACGUCGCACCGGGUGUUGCUUUGAUUGGUGACGCAGCCCACCGCGUGCACCCGCUGGCCGGGCAGGGCGUCAACCUGGGUUUCGGUGACGUGCGAGACCUCACCAGCUGCCUGGCUGAUGCGCUCUAUGCUGGAUUAGAUAUAAAUGACCCGUCCUGGCUGUCGAAGUACGAGAGCACUCGUCAGCGCCACAACGUGCCGACCCAGCUGGCGAUCGACGCGCUGUACCGCCUGUACCGCGCCGACCUGCCGCCGCUCGUGCUGGCCCGCAGCGUCGGCCUGCAGCUUACCAACGCGCUCCACCCGCUCAAGAAAUUCAUAAUCUCCCAUGCUACGACAUAAGCGUACCAAGUCAGUCACCACCCAGGUAUAGUUAUAAAGAAGUAUAAAAGUAUUGUUUGUAAAUAAAUAUUUAUUACUGAUUACAA